AUGCCCCCGCCCCAGGAGCCGCCGACGUUCCGCAUGUUCGUGACGGCAUUCACCGACUUCCUCGCGGUGGCCAUCCACACCAUCCUGUACGAACGCCAAAUCUAUCCUGCCACCGCCUUCAUCUCCGCCAAGAAGUAUAACUUUCCCGUCCGACAGAAUCGCCACCCACAGGUCUGCGAAUGGAUCAACGAUGCGGUCAAUGCCGUGGAAGCCGAGCUCUUCAAAGGCAGCGUCGAGCGUGUGGCGGUCGUCAUCUACAGUAAGCAGGCCAAGCCGCUGGAAAGAGUCGUGUUUGACGUGUCCCGCUUUCCGGUCGUGCCGUCUGCGCAGUUCGAUGUCCCUCUCGAGCGAGUGGAGGCGGACGGAUCCCAGGCCGUCAUCCUCCCACGCGUCGAUCUGGAGGAACAAUUGCGAGCCACCAUGAGCCGUCUAUCCAACUGCGGCUCCACCCUCAAGACCCUGCCCCCGGGCUGCUCUUUCACUGUCGCAAUCGAGCUCAAAGCUGCGAGUGCGGCGCCCUUGAAACACCCUCAGCCAUGGGUGCCAGCCGAGCGUCAAUCACCCUCAUACGACGAAGCUUCUGACGCACACACGCAUACAGUGCCCGUGAGGUCGGUCGCCGCAGGAGAGAUGGUCUUCGAAACGUGGCUUGAAGAGCUCGAAGAUCAGUCCCCGGCAGGCCUUUCGGAUUCAUUCUGA